AUUCUAUUGUUAGUGAAGAUAAAUGGUCAAAAAUGGUUUUUUUUAAAUUGUCCUCAUGUUUGAAAUUGAAUAGCAUAAAGCGAGUAACCCACAUUCCGACAUGGAUGUACAUUUUUCCCGGUGGACUAUUUAUUUUUAUACUAUUAUGGUGAAGGACGAACUCCAAAUUACUAUUAAAGUGAAGGACGAACUCCAAAAGUGCCGAUAACGUAGAAGCAACCGUCAUUAAUUUCAAAUUAUUCGUUUCAUGCACAGAUAGAUCUUGGGUCUAUUUUCUAUUGCUGAAAUAGUGUAUAAUUUUUGGAACUUAAAAAGAAACAGAUAUACAGAUAAAAUUUGGUGGAAGAAAGAUGAAAGAGAACUAAUGCAGCCAGUUCAGCAAUAGAAAACAGACUCUUUAUGUAAAUAUGUGCUGUUUUAUUUUGCCAUAUUUAGUGGGAAACAUAAUCGUGCAUAUAUAAAAAUUUCUCUCUCUGCAAACUUUUUGUAUAUUUUUAAAGUUCUAAAUUUAGUUGUAAAGACACAAAUUGAAAUGUUCUUUGAAAUUCUCCUGAACAGAGCAAACACACCUUCGAUAUGUGUAAGCUGCAGAAUCUUUUUAUCAGGCAAAUGUUUACAUUAACAGCUUGAAAUGUCGACUUAAAAAUUUAUCAUCAUUUUCAUCAUAUGAUUAUUGAAUAAUGCUCUACUUUGUUAUUACAUAUGUGAAGUUUCCGUUGUGUAAAAGCAUUUGUAAUUAUAUGCAAUAUGAUGUAAGCUUUACAGAAAAAUAAGAAGUCAAUAUUCUAUCUAUGAAGUUUUCAAGUAUGAUAUCUCCUUACACAUAAACAUGUAAAAUUCACAGGCAAGACAUUCAAAUACAUCAAUAGUCCUCUUUAUUUUACUUCAGCUUACAAUAUCAGGAAGUUCUUAGUUUUUACCUUAACUUUAUUUUACAUUUUUUCCUACACCUACUUCUUUUUUUUCCUUUUCAUCACUUAUUCUAAUUAUUUCUUAUCUUACUUCUUUCCUUUUACCUUUUACUUCUUAUCCUAAGUAUUUCUUAUCCUAUACCUCAAAUACAUCAAUACAAUAUCCAAGAAUUAUAAUAUUUAAUAGAAAAAAUAAGAAACUUUUAUUAUAAUAUAUUUUAUGUAUAUCUGUAUGAAAAUAUAUAUUUUUAUUUUAACCUUGUUUCCUAUUUGUUCAUCAUGAAGAUAUAUAUUUUGGAUAUCAAAAUUCACAUAGAUUGUGCGUUCUGACAAGAAAGAUCAUCUCUCAUCGACGCAGUUGAGGAUAUUAUGAAUUCCUGUCACUUAUAAUCAACCUCAGCUCUUGAAAUAUGGAUGAUGAGGAGGGAGCUACAAGUUCAGGACCAAUGUCUUCAUUAAACAGUCUGUUCUCGUUCACAAGCCCUGCUGUGAAGAAGUUGCUUGGCUGGAAACAAGGCGACGAGGAGGAGAAGUGGGCCGAGAAGGCAGUGGACUCGCUGGUGAAGAAAUUGAAGAAGCGCAAAGGUGCAAUCGAGGAAUUGGAACGCGCACUCAGCUGUCCGGGCACACCGAGCAAAUGCGUGACUAUACCUAGAAGCUUGGACGGUAGAUUACAAGUAUCCCACCGAAAGGGUUUGCCACACGUGAUCUACUGCAGGGUAUGGAGAUGGCCGGAUCUGCAGUCACACCACGAAUUGAAGCCGCUCGAGCUGUGUCAAUUCCCGUUCUCCGCCAAGCAGAAGGAAGUCUGCAUCAACCCCUAUCACUACAAGAGGGUGGAGAGUCCGGUGCUGCCGCCUGUAUUGGUCCCUAGACACUCGGAGUAUGCACCAGGUCACUCUCUGCUACCGUUCCAACAACUGGCGGAACCCACAAUGCCGCACAACGUGUCCUACUCGUCGAGCGGCUUCAACGCCACCUCGUCCGGCGGUGUGAAUCCAACGUCUCCCAUGUCCUCCGUCGGUUCCGUGCCAAGUCCAGGCAGUACGACACUGCCGAAUCCGCAGAGCCCGUACGGCACAAACGGCCUGCCUGAGACGCCACCACCGGCCUACUCUCCUCCCGAGGAUGGCUCGCAGACCGGCCAGUCACCGCCGUCAGACUCUGUACCGAUGGAUACGAGCGCACCCACCGAGGUGGCUCCCGUGUGUUACCAAGAACCUCUUUAUUGGGCCUCGAUCGCCUACUACGAGCUGAAUUGCCGAGUGGGCGAGGUGUUUCAUUGUCAAUCGCACUCCGUGAUCGUUGACGGCUUCACAAACCCCAGCAACAACUCCGACCGUUUCUGUCUAGGACAAUUGUCCAACGUAAAUCGUAAUUCCACGAUAGAGAAUACGAGGCGACACAUAGGGAAGGGAGUGCAUCUCUACUACGUCGGGGGAGAGGUCUACGCCGAGUGCCUGUCCGACUCGGCCAUAUUCGUACAAUCUAGGAACUGUAAUCAUCAUCACGGUUUUCAUCCUAGCACAGUUUGCAAAAUUCCACCCGGAUGCUCGUUGAAGAUAUUCAACAAUCAGGAGUUUGCCCAACUUCUCUCGCAAAGCGUGAAUCAUGGUUUCGAGGCUGUCUACGAGCUGACGAAGAUGUGCACGAUUAGAAUGUCUUUUGUGAAAGGAUGGGGUGCUGAGUAUCAUCGGCAGGAUGUUACGUCUACACCUUGCUGGAUCGAAGCACAUUUACACGGACCUUUACAAUGGUUAGACAAAGUGUUAACGCAGAUGGGCUCGCCUCAUAAUGCCAUAAGUUCUGUGUCAUAAGUAAUACGCGCACGUGUCACAGAACGCUACGGUUCGUUAAGAAAGGACAAUUAGAUGCAUUCGGUUUAAUGAAACUGGUCAUAAAGUCGCAGAUGCAAAAGCUAUGCAGACUGUGCACGGGCUUGUUCAGUCAUACACACUACACAGAGUUCUGUCUGUGAGUUACUCCAUGUAUUUUAUCGACAUUGAAAUCAAAUCUUGUGAGAAUAAGAUGGUAACAAAAAAAACGAUGUAAUAUUCCAAGAAAAUAUGAGGAAUUGCGAGAAGUUGCACGAAAUGUUUAACGCGAUCUCUGGGAAUUAUCGUGAUCACAGACUAUACAUUUAGAUGUUGUCAAACUCUUCGGCUGUUACAUAGGGAAAGAAUUAUUACAUAGAAUGAUAUAUGUAAUAAUGGUAUAUGUAAAAAAAAAUAUUUUUCAAAUCUAUGCAUCAGUCGUAAUACUUUAUUUUAUAUGGAGACUUAUUGUGGAGGUAUUUAUCACACAUACAGUGUUGUACCACAAAUCCGUUAACUAGACGAUUUUAAGAUUUAUUGUACGACGGUAAAAAAAAUAUAUAUAUGUAUGUAUAACGAAUACAGCUUUUUGACAAAGAGAGUAAAUUCUCCGAAUUACAGGACGAGAAAGAAUAUAUAUAUGUAUAUAUAUGUGGAUACAUAUAAAAAUAUGUAUAUAUAUUCUAUGUCUUCUCGAUCGAGUUUAAUCUAAUAAUUAUGUCUCUUAAGUUACGUGUGCGCUUUAAAAUACGUUUAGCUCUAGAUCUUGAAAUUCUAGAAAGAACUCACAGUGUAAGCGCAGAGCUUUAUUGAGAAACGACGACGCGUUUAUAUUUCAAUGUAAGACAUUGGACGCUGAUCUCACGUUGACUACCGAAAGUUAACUGCGUCCGAUGAUAUAUUGAAAACGUUAAAUUCACCGAUCCGUAAAGGGAUUUACGUGACUCAUGGCUUUCUCCAUCUCUGUAGGACUAUAUUGCAUUGUAUUCUCGAUUAUAUUGUGUCACGCACCAAAUCGCCCGUAUUAUACCGAUCCCUGUGAGCAGAACUCGAUCGAAAGAGUACACGUUUAGAUAAGUAUCAUUUUCAUGUGUUGCGAGUGUACACUUGAGUUUCACGCGCGCUGUACAUAUUCUGUACGCGAUUGUCAUGCGCGUUUACGCAUAGACUAGGAAAGAAAAUCAUGUAUUAGUAAGUUCAUCAUGCAUUGUUCGGCUAAAAUUUACGUUCACCGAUCGAUUGAACAUGAUUUUAAAGUUACGUUCUUUACUUUCCUGCGAUACGAAAAAGAGUGCCAAAAGGAACGGAAUAUUCGCAUAAUAUCUUUAAUUUAUGCACUGUGAUAUUUUAUCAGAGUUUACGAUUUUUUCAUUGUAUCUAAGCACGUUCCCAAAGUCUGAGAUCAUGUAAUCCGAAAAGUACAUCGAUGUCUUUGAGUGUCUUAGCCGUGAGAUAUAUAUUAACAGUGCCUAAUUAUCUAGACAAUACCAUCUUUUUUCACUGCCGUUUGCUGUCACUUGUUUGCCGAUGUGCCUAGCUGUGAUUUUUUGCUGUUCAAUUUGGCAGAUAUGCGAUCUGUCGCAUAAAUGGAUAAAACGAGUAAAAGUACGAGAGGAGCAAGGUAUUUUGCAAAUUACGAGAUUUCGUGAUGAAAUAGGAAAAAUGAGCAAAACAAAAGAAAGUAAACAAUACUAGGGGACUAAGAUAUUUGGCUAAUAAUUACGCGAUUAAGUGUGAUAUAAACGAAAGAAAGUAUGAUAGAAUAAGGUGUCGUAACUUGCGAUCUCGGUCGGAGAAACUUGGGAAUUCGCGACGGAAGAUCGAUUUAGACGUCGCGAUCAAACAGGAUAUUGUAUAGCACGGACGCGAACGUCGACGAAAAAUGUUACCUUAAUUCCAUAUUGCACAACGUGGUGCAAUCGUUGCGCUAAUUGUACGAGUGAUGGGGACAAUAAUCGACGACCACAAGAAGGGUAUAAAAAAAAAAACAUUGUAAGAUACGUUUUAGCCCGUCCUAGAGCUAAGAAAAUUUACUGUUCGAUACAAUGAUACAUUAAUUACAUUGGAUCAGAUUCUGCACGAAGGAACCGCUCGAUCUGUAUCGUAUUGCGAAACAAAGAACGAGCAUCGUUAAAGGAUGCGUUCUAUGUCUAUUCCUCACGAGUCUUCUCACGAAUUUUGGCUCCUUUACUCGCGGAGUGCGAUCCAAUUCGAUGCCCUGAGGCAUUUUCACUAUUCGGGUGUAGAUACACGAAUAUUAGAAGUCUCACGUUAGUAGCUAUCAUGCCGUGUCACAAUCCACGUCGUUCGCACAACCGUCGAACGACGGUGGCGGUUAGAAACGAUUAGAGUGGAGUUGCGAGAUCUUUUCGGCACACACGUUGAGCUUGUCGCCGUUGAAGCGAGCACGAUGCUUUACUAUAAGACGCACGUGUAUGAAUAGUUUCUCAUUAAUGCAAGAUUAUACUUACAGCUUGUAUUUCGCGUUCUCACCAGUCCUCGUUUUUUUCGCUAACCGAAUCAUCUCACGGAUUAUUCGCGAAGCCCGUUUGCAAACUUCUCGCCUAAUCCUUCAGAGCCUGAGCAGAGUCUUUGAUAACUGAGAGGCGUAUACUUCCUACCACGAAGUGUGGCAUUAUCCGCGAUAAUUCGCCCCUCAAAUUUGACGCUCGCGAAGAUUAGCGGAGCACCGGAUUUGAUUGCGUGCCGCCCGAGUUUGUGCCUUGAAAGCCUUUUAUAUUGUGUAACUGUAUAAGAAUUAUGAUAUAUUAUAUGCAGUUUCCGAAACAUGUAGCAGCAAGGUUGGAUGGAUGGAUACGUUGUGUCAGAAUACACAACAGAGGAAAAUAGAUAAAAAGAAAAAUGUAUCAGAAUCCCUAAGAAUUGUCCACUUGUAAAAUAAAUGCAAAACUGUAUGUCUAAACUCUGUAGCGUCGCAUUGUAGUAAACGUAUAGUCACGCUUCAGCGUCGCAUGUGGCCGCCUGAUAUUGAGUUUUAUUUAUCUGAGAUGACGAUUGCACUCGGUGCGAUCGUGUGACGUGUAUAAGGCCACGUCAGAAAUUCACGUGCCUUGGAGAUAUUUAUAUAAAAAGGAAUCGAGCGCCUCCGCAAUAACGUGGAAACAACAGUCAGCCAAUACUGGAUAUGUUACUUGUUUCUCAUCUGCUAUACUCUUAUUCUUUUACAAAUAUAAAUUAUCAUAUUGUAAGAAACAACGAUCAUUAUAUAUACAUACGUUAAAGUACGUAAAAUGUAACAUGCAUUAAUAUCUUUCUUGUGAUAUUAAUGAUUAUUAAUAUUUUUUUAUCUAUUAACAGUUAAAUGUUAAAUUUAAUCAAAUCCAACUUGUUAAAUGGACUCAGGGACUCACACCGUCCCCGUUUUGGAUUACUUCUAAAACGGAGAACAUUCUCUUCUCUCUGUAAACGACUUUAGAAAUGCGUUUAUCAGUUAUCCGAUGUAGAAGCGCUCGGUUUCUUUUGCACAAAAGUCGUCUAUUAAUGUACGGGCCAUGAAGAAUAAAUAGACAACCGAUUGAAGUGUGAAGGUGCGAUUUGAAAACGGGCUCGCGAUAUUCCACGCGUCAGUGACUGUACAUAUAUAUAUAUAUACAGUACAUGUACAUAUAUAUAUACAUACAUGCAUAAUACAUAUAUAUAUAUAUGUAUAUAUAUAAUAUAUAUAUAAAUUAUAUAUAUAAUAAAUAUAUAUAUAUAUAUUAUAAAUAUUAUAUAUAAUAUUAUAAAUAUUAUAUAAAUAUAUAUAAUAUUAUAUAUAUAUAUGUAUGUGUAUAUAUAUAUAUAUAUAUAUAUAUAUAUAUAAAUAAAUCUUGUUAGUCGUGUAAGAGAGAGACACGCCUUCGGAAUCCAUUCCACGUUAUAUACCAUUAGAAAAGAUAACCGCGAAUUUUUUCUGCCCUUGCACGGUUUCUCAGUACAUUUGCUCGUGUGACUGCAUCGUAUUCGGAACUAUCAGCGACGACGAGGACGACGUAGACACACGAGCGUCUCUAAUCUGUACAGCCACCUCUUGCGAGAGAACGAUAUCGUUUUGUAGGACAUAGCACUAUCGUAAAACUAUGAAACGGAAUUAAUUAGCUGCCAAGCGCACGGCGUGUAGUACAUUCUCUCAUUUUCUUGCCGCACGUUCCUUUCUCCCUCUCUUCUUCUUUCUUCCCUCUUUCUUUAUACGAUUAAAAAGGAAAACACGAGAGAAAAAGAAAAGACAUUUUAUGUACAGAGGACGAUACUUUAAUCGUAAUAUACAUAUAUAUAGUGUAACAAUGUGUAACGACGAGAUGGUAGGACAAUACGUGACUUGUGCUGUAUGUAUGUGACAUAUGUUAUUAUGGUAAGGAACCGAGUCUUGUCGGGAAAACUAGCAGAAAUAGAUGGCCCACCGGUUGGAGCAACUUGUGCUGUAAAAAUGCACGAGGCGCUCCACGAAAACAUUGAAUUAUUUAAACACGUCCCGACGUCGGUCGAACGUCCUGCGACAGUGAAAGAUCAUCGUCGCCGCACGACGACGAGGAUGAGGCAGAGAAUUCUCAGUCCUGAGACGAGAAGCGCGUUCGCAACAGACGCCGGAGACUAACCUUAGGAAAAUUUCGCGGCCGACUGUGUAUCUCGUUCUCGACGUGAAUAAGUAAAAAAAGAAAAAAAAAUAGAAAAUUACCCGCACUCACGCUCGGUCACGUCUUACACGCUGCCUUCUCACACCUAAUGCCGUUUACACAUGCAUUUCUGGUAAUAAUCGUCUUGCGCAGCUACCGAGUACGAGUUAAAAAUUAAAUAAUGCCUACCUGUCUGUAUCUAUGUGCGAUUAAACAUGUGCGAUGGUUGUA